GAGUGACGUUAAAUGCAGAUAAAUCUUUCAUGUCCGGAGGAGUCGCUCAUGCCGUCCGAUCGCCCCGUGGCGUGCUGGUGCUGGUCACAGUGGUCGUUGCAGUCACUGUCUCGACGACUGUAGUCGUAGACGUGGGAGUGAUUGCAAUCGAAGUUGUCACGACGUCGGUGACUACGAUUGUAUUGGCUUUUGCGAUGGCAGCUUGUGAAGAGAUCAACAGGUAGGUUGUGCCGACAGAGAUAGACGUUGACGCGGGAUUGUGGAAAGACUGGCUGAUGGAGGGAGGGAUAACCGCAGAAGUCAGUUGCGCAGUUGUGGCAGUACUGACGCCCCCAGGGUCUGCAGGUGCAGUCAAAACGGUCGGUAUGGCCAACGCUGUCAUAGAAAGCAGAAUCACUAAUGCCAUCCUGCAGAGGGGGUAUCACUCUUC